AUGGUGAGGGUCUCUGCCGCCGAGGGCGCCCCGAGCCACCCCGGGGCCGCGCCGGGCCUUGUCGCGAUGCUCACUCGGAGGAAGAACAGCAAGAAGAAAAGGUCGUGGAGGAACAAAGCGCGAGAAGCAAGCAGAAAGCCGGGACGCGACCCAGGCCUUGUCGCGAUGCGACCUCCAAAGGCCCCACAGGACUUUUCCCGAAACUGGAAAGCUCUGCAGGAGCUGCUGAAACAAAAAUCACAAGCCCCAGAAGAGCCUCUUGCUAUCUGUCAGAUGGGUUCCAAAAAGCAGCCUGAAAUUAUCCAGCAGAACAGAAGAGAGGUCUCAGAUACAGCAAAGGGAGAUGAGAUGCCGGCAGAAAAAGGCCCAGCAGCCACUGGGGGCUCUGCUCCUUCAGGACCUAAGACAAGCAGGAAAGUGCUACCACCUCACACAAAGGCCAAUGGACACAGUGAGAAAGGAACCAAGGAAAGCACAAGUGACAUUUCUAAGAAACGAGGGGACAUCAAGCAUAAGAAGCGGAAAGCUACGGAGCCGGCUGCAGCCUCAGCUCCAGCCUCAGCUCCAGCCCUGCCCACCGAGGAAGACAUCUGGUUUGAUGAUGUUGACCCGGCAGAUAUCGAAGCUGCCAUAGGUCCAGAGGCAGCCAAGAUAGCAAGAAAACAGCUGGGUUGGAGUGAAAGCAGUGUCACCCUGGUGAAAGAGCAGGCCUUCAGUGGCCUGACGAAAGCCUUGGCCAUGGAUUGUGAGAUGGUGGGCGUGGGCCCUAAGGGGGAGGACAGUGUGGCCGCCCGCGUGUCCAUCGUGAACCAGCACGGGAAGUGUGUUUAUGACAAGUACAUCAAGCCGACCCAGCCCGUGACAGACUACAGGACAGCGGUCAGCGGGGUACAGCCUGAGAACCUCAAGCAGGGAGAAAAACUCGAAGUUGUUCAGAAGGAAGUGGCAGAAAUGCUGAGGGGCAGAAUUCUAGUUGGACAUGCGCUGCAUAACGAUUUGAAGGUACUGUUUCUUGAUCAUCCAAAAAAGAAGAUUCGGGACACACAGAAAUAUAAACCUUUCAAGAGCCAAGUGAAGAGUGGAAGACCGUCUCUGAAGCUACUGUCAGAGAAAAUCCUGGGGAUCAGGGUCCAGCAGGCAGAGCACUGUUCGAUUCAAGAUGCCCAGGCAGCGAUGAGACUCUAUGUCACUGUGAAGAAGGAGUGGGAGAGUGUGGCCAGAGACAGGCGCCCCAGGUGA